AUGCCUAGUCGGGAAGAAAUGUUUUUCUUGCCCGAAAAUGAGAAUAAUACCUCUCAAGACUUUCUCUCCAGAGAUAUUGAAAACCUAGUUUCGGAAAUAAAGGAAAACCUAAGGCUUUCGGGGUUCAAAACUCGUCACCAACGGAGAAUUGUUCGACCAUCGCCAUAUUCAAAUCCUAGUCGUAGUUUAAGUGAUUGUUGUGAAAGCUGUGUAAAAAAUUCGUGUAAUGAUUAUAGUAUAAAAGCUAAUGUUACUUGCGCUCAUAGAACUAUUAAAAAUAUGAGUCUAAUCAAAUCGAGCAGUAGUUCGGAUGAUCCUUAUGAAAUGCUGCAAGAAUUAUUAAAAGACGGCGGUUUAAUCAAAGAAGCGGUUAGAAGAUUACAGAAAGGCUUGUCGCCUAAGCAGAGGUAUUAUUAUGAUUCCGAUGAAGAAUCGUCGCGUAGUCCAUUGCAUUUAUACAGAAAUGUAGAAGUUUGA